GUCUAUCAGCCCAUGACACCCGUAGAGCAGCUUCCCAGCACCGAAAUACCCGUUCGCCCCCGGGAGUCUACGAACACCAUCCAGAUCUCCGUUUCGCUCACCGAACACUUUUUGAAGUUUGCGCCCGUCUUCCAGCCCCCUCUGCCCCCCGACUCCCCGCAGUUCUGCACAAUCGCAGACCUCUUCAUUGACAAUUACCGCGUGAAAUGCAUCAACGGGAAGAUGUGCUACGUACAGAGGCAGCCUCCCCCCCCGCCCCACAAGGGGAAGCCCGAGGAAGUCCCCGUUCGCAAUGCCUUAAUCACAAAAGAGAGCAAUACGCCAAAAACCGAUCACUGCUCCUCCCCUUCCAGCUCCGAGGACUCCGGCAUCAAUGCGGUGGGGGUUCACUACGUGGAGUCGUGUGACGAGGACACGGAGGGGGUGGCCGAGCUAAGUUCAGAAGAAGAUUACAGUCCGGAUAGCAGCUGGGAACCAGACGAAUGCCCGCUCUUGUCACCCUCGCAGUGCGAAAUGGAGGUGAUUGAGACUAUAGAAACCACUGUGUGAUCCAGUGAGUUGGUACCAGAUCAGUCCAGUUCCCACUCAGUAACGUUGCUUUUGUAGUAUUUAUAUUUUCUGUUUUUUUUUUCUGACAAUCCCUUUUUUCCAGUGCACUUGAUAUUUCGGAUUCCUCAUGGGAGUGCGGUCAGGGGACAUGCGUGUUGGUGAACUAGCAGCAGCCGGAGCAAUUUUAACAUGUUCUCAGCCUGAUCAGAUCUCCCACGUCUACAAGUAAGGUAGUGAGAAAUCUUUAGACUUUUA